GUAGAGGCGUGGCCAAAAAUGACUUCUGAUUUGAGUUUAGAGUGCACCGCGAUACCCGGAUGAGCAAUAAACGCCAUUUGCAAGUGUAGGAAGUGGUUUGGAAGGGGAGAAAAGAUCACGGUACAAUCUGCAGCAAUCUGAAACUCAUUUUCCAGAAAACAUGAUGAAAUUACUGCCAAAAUUAGUUUUACUCGUCCUCCUAGCGUUCCCUGCAACAAUUAUUUUCAACAGCAGAGGACCGUUUGUGGCAGCUCAAGAUGCUACAGAGGAUGAGGAGGCAGCAGAAGAUAUUAUUUCAGAGGACGAAGAUGAUGAAGCUGAAGUAGAAGAUGAUGAAACUACAGAGUUGACUGAAGAAAGAGAGGAAGAGGAGGAAGAUGCAUCGUCGGGGGAAGCCAAAGCCUCUCCCAAUGCUGACACAACCAUCUUGUUUGUCAAAGGAGAGGGUAGGUCCAGCGGGGGAGGGACAGACACUCAAGAUUUUCCUGCAAACAACAUUGUGAAAUUCCUUGUUGGCUUCACCAACAAAGGCAGUGAAGACUUUGUGGUGGAAUCCCUGGAUGCUUCCUUCCGCUACCCACAGGACUACCAGUUCUACAUCCAGAACUUCACAGCUCUGCAGCUCAACACAAUGGUGCAGUCUCAAAGACAGGCCACCUUUGAGUACUCUUUCAUCCCAGCCGAGCCCAUGGGAGGUCGUCCUUUUGGCCUUGUCAUUAACCUCAACUACAAGGACACCAAUGGAAAUGUUUUCCAAGAUGCUGUUUUUAACCAAACUGUUACUAUCACAGAGAAGGAAGAUGGCUUGGAUGGAGAAACAGUCUUCCUAUAUGUGUUCCUGUCUGGUCUUGGACUGCUUGUCAUUGUUGGGCUGCACCAGCUUCUAGAGUCUAGAAAGAGACGGAGACCAGCUACAAAGGUAGAGAUGGGUACAUCUAACCACAAUGAUGUUGACAUGAGCUGGAUUCCUCAAGAAACUCUGAACCAAAUAAAUAAAGCAUCUCCAAGAAGGUCGCCCCGUAAGAGAGCGCAGAAGAGAUCUGCGGGGUCAGAUGAGUAACUGCCCCAAGAUAGAAUUCAGACUCAUUAAUCCUGUCCAUUGUGAGCAAGAAUGAGGACAGUGCAACAAAGCCAUAUGAGCUUGCAUACAAAAUAAAUCCAUGAACUUGAGCAGCAUAAAGAAAACCCCAUUUCAAAAAUGUUAUACUCUGUCAUGACUGCAACACGCAUGUCACUACAAAUGCAUUCUCUAAUUUAUUUUACAAAUUAAGUUGUUCCCUCUAUCUGUUUUAAUUUCUUCUUUUUACAGAGAACAGUCGGGCAAUGUAAUUAAUAUCUUUACAAGGCUAAAUGGGUGGGUUGGGGGAUUUGGGUCUCAACUAAGUUUAAUUCCUGAUCUGAAGAGUUGCCUUUGGCAUUUUGUCUUCGGGGAGUGUUUUUAGGGCUUCUGAAGAAACUGAUUGAUUGAUAACUUUGAUUGUAAUAAAUUACAUGGAGAGCCUUGUGCAAUUUUUUUUUUUUUUGCGCUGGCAUUUGUAGAAAUGCUAGCGUUCUCCAGCUUGUUGCAGCAGUGUGGUACCUGCUGUGGUUUGUUUUGAUACGUUGUAAGAAUAAUGGCGGUAGUUAGCAGUUUGUCUUGAUUAAUGCUGCUAAUUGUGCACUGGAAACAUUUUGUAAUGGUAGAAGCAGCUGUUUGACUGCUUAAAUAAAAUAAAAUCUAUAAUUUUGGGAGAUACUAGUUGUAGCUUGUCAGAGAAGCAGAAAAUCCUAUAAUAACCUAUUUUAGAUUUUUUUUUUAUAACUUCCUGACAACGUGCUUAAAAGCUUUUUUUCCCCUGUCCUUUUUUUUUCACCACUUUUUAUAUAAUGGUUUGUUUUACAUGGUGAACAGGAGUUUUGGGGCAUGAUACUUUAAUGUGUGUUACACGGAGAGAACUGUAAAGGACUUUAUAGAGAAUUGCUCCAUACCAGAAAGAUUACAUUUGUGUUCUGUAAAAUGCUUUUUUUGUGAUUUUAAUGGUAGACCACUGUGGAAAUUAUAAUUGCCUAGAAAGUGCAUUAUCCCACAGUUGUGAAUUAAUUGAAAAUGAAGUGACUUUUUUGUACGGUUUCUUUUGUGGGUGUGCAAUGGAUUGAAUUGAAAGUCAAUAAUAAAUUAACAUUUUUCA